AGACGUUAACCUUUGACUGUAGCGAUUGAGAGAAUAAAAAAAUUCACAUUUUUUUUCCUUUUUCUUUUUCUCAUCACUAUUUAUUAAGUGUUUCUGUCUGUGGGUUGAUUUUGAUUCUUUGUUUGAUUUCAAAGAGUGGUGAGCUUUUGAGUGUUCAUUUGGGCUUCUUUUUUUCUUUUUCUUUUUCUUUUUUAUUUCUAUUGAAGAACUUCAAGUUUUGGGAAGUUCAGUUGUUCCAUAAGGGUGAUUAAGUAGGAACUUCUUUUGUUUUUACUUGGUGGAUGAUUGUAAUUUUGGAGCAAUUUAAGAGCAUGAGUUGAAUGUAAAAGCCUUUUGUAUGACUGUAUCUUUUACAAGCCAUGGAGAUUUACCCUUAGACAGAGUUGUUUGAUAGAGUAUGAGCUCUCUGUCAACCGAACUUACGAGAAGGAAGGCAAUGUAUGAGCAACUCCACCAGAUAAACAAGUGGGGAGACACCUUCAACGGUGAAGACAGUCCAAAAACGGGAUCAUCGACAGUUUUACAAGUGGAUGUUAGGCUAGAAAACAAGGCCGAAUAUAUAUCUUCCGAGAAAACCGAACCUUCCAGAAGUGAUCAAGGAACAAAUAAGCCAACAGAUAAGAUACAGAGACGUCUGGCACAAAAUCGUGAAGCUGCUCGCAAAAGUCGUCUGCGGAAAAAGGCCUAUGUUCAACAAUUAGAAUCGAGUCGUUUGAAACUAGCUCAAUUGGAGCAAGAGCUCGAAAGAGCUAGGCAGCAGGGGCUAUACAUAAGCAGUGCAUCUACUGGUUAUUUUGGACUGUCUGCAGCUGCAAAUGCUGGUAUUACUGCUUUUGAGAUGGAAUAUGGGAACUGGGUUGAAGAGCAAAAUAAAAAGAUUUGUGAACUUAGAAGUGCUCUCCAAGCACACAUUACUGAUAUAGAGCUCCGCAUUCUGGUAGAAAAUAGCUUGAACCACUAUUGCAAUUUGUUCCACAUUAAAGCGGAUGCUGCAAAGGCAGACGUCUUCUAUUUGAUCUCAGGCAUUUGGAGAACUACAGCCGAGCGUUUUUUCCACUGGAUUGGAGGAUUCCGUCCAUCAGAACUCUUGAACGUUGUCAUGUCACAAAUUGAGCCUUUGACCGAUCAACAACAGUUGGAGGUUUAUAACCUUCAACAAUCUUCUCUACAAGCUGAAGAUGCUCUUUCUCAGGGAAUAGAUAGACUUCAGCAGAACUUAGCCGAGAGUGUAGCAACAGAUUUGAGUUCAGGAAACUACAGAGCUCAACUAGCUGCUGCAAUAGAUAAAUUGCAAGCCCUAGAGGGCUUUGUGAAGCAGGCUGAUCACCUUCGCCAGCAGACUUUGCAACAGAUGGCUCGAAUCUUAACAACCCGUCAAGCAGCUCGAGGUUUACUUGCUUUGGGGGAAUACUUCCAUCGUUUACGUGCUCUCAGUUCACUUUGGUCUGCACGCCCACGCGAACCUGCCUAAAUCUGAAGUGAAGAUAGAAACUUAGACUACCAUCAAUAUUAUAUCUAGGUUGUAGACGCCAGAAGUUUGUUCCUCAACCGGUAAGAAAAUCGUCUUUUGCAGGUCUUGUUGUAUGAAACAUCAAUAUAUAUAUAUAUAUAUAUAUAAGCUUAUAUUCUUCCUGAGCAUGAGACAUGUAAAUAUGAAUCCUUAUUGCUGUGUAUCAAGAAUAAUUUUAGGUCAGCAAAGUUAGAUUUUCUUGUUUUGUAUUUAUAUUGUUUGGAAGCCAAAGAAUUAUACUAGCAAGCUUGUGAGUACCUCAUUUUUUACCCUUCUUUUGAAUUGGAUCAAGAAAUUUAGCGUUUUAACCGUUAUUUUAUGAUUUUCUUUUUCAUUUUUUUUAUAUUCACAAUUGGUGCAAAGUAUUGAGAUGAAGAUUACAAGUGGAUUACACAGUUGUGUCGAGAGCUACUAGCAGUAUGUAGAAGUGCUUUAAAAGGCGGUAGUGCUUCAAUAGAUAAUGAAGGUAUUGUGAUGGAAGGAGCUUAUAUGCAGAGCUUGGUGCUUGGUGCUUGGUGCUUGGUGCUUGGUGCUUGGUGCAAGCCCUAUUGAACAAGUAGUGUCUUAUUGUGUCAAGUUGGCUAUUGAAUAAAUGUCCUAUUGUGUCAAGUUGAUCGUAAGAUCGUGAGGAGCAAUAUUAGGAUGAGAUGAGAUUUGAUGAUAACAUGUUUGGAACGUUGAAAUACAUUUGGUGAUGUUCUUUGUAUUCUCCUCCCAAUAUUUUGGGAUUUCUUUUUCUAUCAAAAUGGGCCCAAAGGUUACAACCUCAAUAUUAACAAGUA